UCUCCACAGGUGCCGUCAUCCUCUCCUGUCCGUAUUCCCAGCAGCAGACUUCAUCAGUUAAAAAGGGAGGAAGGAGUCGACUUAAUGAAUCGUGAAACAGCUCGUGAGCGUGAAGUGCAAACAGCAAUGCAAAUGAGCUUAUCCUGGGAGGAAAGCUUUAACCUGAGUGACAAUGAUUAUGACAAAUUGGAAAAACCUUCAUCUCCAAAGCGUGUUGACUUUGCCCCUGUGUCACCAGCACCGUCGCCUACAAGGGGAAUAGGAAAGCAAUGUUUCUCUCCAUCUCUACAAAUGUGUUUGGGCAGUAAUGGUUUGCCCCCAAGCCCUAUCCCCAGCCCUACAAGGCGCUUUACUACGAGGAGUCAGAGUCCCAUCAACUGUAUACGGCCAAGUGCACUAGGUCCCAUAAAGAGGAAAGUGGAAAUGGACAUGGAGACCCAACCAAAGAGACUGUUUCAAGGAACAACUAACAUGCUAUCUCCAGACAUGACGCACCUAUCGGAUUACAGCUGUCUUUCGUCGGACCUUGACAGCAGCAGCAGCAUCAGCUCCUCGUCUGACUCUGCAGCUAAGGAAAGCUGUGUGACCGACUCCCCCGCCGCCUGUUCCAACUCCUGCUCGUCAUUCAUAUCACUGGACGAUCUGUCACCCAAGUGAGUGACACAAGGCCAGGCCACCGUGUCCCCGAUCCCCAUUAUUUUAAGACUGUGCAGCACAUCAUUUGCAACCCUGGUCUUCUCCACUGUGGAUUACGUUUUUAUUUUUAUUAUUAGGUAUAUAAUUCACCUCCUGCCUGAUGGACUGUUACAGGACUUGAAAAGUGGAGCAGGAGAUUGUGUAUUUUGUGUACAGAAUAGUAUGUACAGUAUCCGUGUACAUAUUGCCUGUGUGUCCCAGGUAUUUAUGCGUGUAG